AUGGCUGGAUUGUGGCAGCAGCUCCUGCCCCUACAGCAGGGUCGAGCUGUGCUUCUCCUCCCCUUCAUCUGUCUUCUAUAUUCACCCUCGAGUGCUCUUCCCUGGGAUACCAAAGCCAGUCCACUCCCUCUGAAGGGUUUUGAGGUGGUGAAGGGAAAUUUCUCCAGGACCUUCCUCCGUGUUGGCUACCAUAAGAUUACAGAGAUCCCUGCAGGAGCAUGCAACAUCAGCAUAAGGGAGACGAUUAAGAGCCGAAACUACCUGGCUCUGCAGACCCAAAGUGGUGUCUCCAUCAUUAACGGCAACUGGGUGAUUGAAAGGCCGGGGAUCUUCAGUGCUGUAGGAACUGAGCUGACGUACAAACGACCCAAUGAAAUACGCUCUCGAAAUGGAGAGUCCAUUACUGCAUCUGGGCCACUGUCUGAAGACCUGCAUCUUUAUUUAAUCUACCAGCAACCAGGCCCGAGUGUAUACUAUGAAUACAUUGUGUCUUUACAAAGCACAACCCCCCCUCAUGAGCCAACCACACCUAUUCCUAUUCUUCCCCUGGCUGAGACAGUGGGACCAACCCAACCAGGGGAGAAGGACCACCAAGGUGAGAUCACCAACAAUGACAUCAUCAAAGAAAAACCCCACCCUAACCAGAUUCCCCUGGAGCCCAGCAUGAAACCCCAAACCACCUACACUUGGACAAACAGUGGGCGGACAGAGUGCAGCACUACCUGUGGGACUGGCAGGCGUCAGGUACUCUGGGAGUGUGUUGAGAAAGAUUCCCAGACGACUGUUCCUGCUAACCUCUGUGACCCUGCCCUUGAACCAACAAACAAGGGAGAAGAGUGCAACACGCAGUCUUGUCCUGCAUACUUUGACAUUGGGGAGUGGUCAGAGUGCAGCAGGAGGUGUGGACCUGGCACUCAGCACCGCCAGGUCAUCUGUCGCCAGGUCACUCAUGUUCACGCCAAUGGGAAGGAGACAUCGGUUACUGUGGCACAGGAGCUGUGUGGGACGUCUGAUAGGCCAGUGACCAAGUCUAGAUGCCAGUUAAAGAUUUGCAGCCAGUGGGAGAUACGAUCUAAGUGGAGCUCGUGUUCUGUGCCAUGUGGACUGGGCCAGCGCAGCAGGGAAGUGGUGUGUGUGAGCAACCAGGGUGAGGUGGAGGAGGAUGCAGAAUGCAAUAUGAACCUAAAACCAGACACUCUACAGAACUGUGACAUGGGAGCCUGUGCACGCAGCUGGUUCACCUCCCUCUGGAGCCAACGGUGUUCAGCAGAGUGUGGACAAGGCAAUCAAACACGGACCACAGUGUGUCUGAUGGAUCAUGUGACUGAUCUGCCAUUGGACAGCUGCGAAGGGGAGCGCCCACCAGAAGUGAAAUCAUGUGACUCAGGUCCCUGCAAGAACAGCCUGGAGUGGUACACCGGACCCUGGGGUCAGUGUUCUGCAGAGUGCGGUAAUGGCACACAGAGCCGGAGUGUGGCUUGUGUUUUCAACGAUGAUGGUCGUAUGGAAGUUGUGGACCAGUUCAAAUGUUCCAAUCUCUCUCAACCAAUCACAGCUCAGCCCUGCAGACUGAAGCCAUGCGGUGUCCAGUGGUACGUCACAGAGUGGAGUGUGUGUUCACGCUCCUGCAACACGGGCUACCGUGUGCGUGAGGUGCGUUGUCUUGCCGACAACAUUUCCCCAAGCACCCUCUGUGACCCGACUUUGACCCCAGAAAGCCGAGAAGAGUGCAACAAACAUCCCUGUGUAGCUGAGAUAAAUCCUUCAUGCAGCGACCAGUAUCACAACUGUGUAGUGGUGGUCCAAGCUCGUCUCUGUGUUUACCCUUACUACAGAAGUGUCUGCUGCGCCUCCUGCUCCCGUGCCCAGAAAACAUACCACAACACACUUCAAAGGAACCACAUCCGCAGGUGAUGCUGCUACUGAGACUGUUUCAUCAUCACACCAAACCAGAUGAAGAAUAACAUCAAUGUACACACACACACACACACACACACAAUGUAGUGUAGAGAGUGUUUUCAUUCUCAGUGUAACUUUUAAACUGGUCAAAUAUAAGAACUUGUAUAUUUAUUCUUAAUAAAGGGUGUGUAACUUAUUCUACUUAGCUGUUGUUUGUUAUAAUGAAGGAAUUUGUUGGAAGGGUGAAGCAUGAGCCUUGGAAGAUCCCAUGACAUUUUAAAGAUGAUCCAAAUCACAUGGUGGACUCACAAAUUACAUUUUAAAAAUGUGUUGCGAGACGGGGCCUCCUGUUUAUAUUGGCUAUUUAAAUAUCCUUUCCUUAUAUUUCCUGUGUAAGUGAUGGGGACAAAAUCUACACUUAAAAAAAAAAAAGCUAAAAUAAGUAUGAUUUGACCAACUCUGACAUCUGAAGCUAAAAUAAAACUUCCGCUGACUAAAAGAAGAUUUUGAAUAUUUCAGUUUGAAGACAAGCAAUGUCAAAUUUUUACACCCACUACAAAAGUCCUG